AUGCCGGAGAUGCAGAAAAUCACGGUAGCUGCCGUUUCUCUCGAACGAUCGGUGGUGGACGAAUUAGUCAGUAAAUUCUCAAGUCUCACUAGGAUAUGUCGAGUUCCAGCCUACUGUCUUAGGUUUCGCAAGGCACAUCGGCCAAGUCCACCAACCACUCUCCUUUCUCACAACGAAAUAGCUUAUGCUCUCAACGUCGCAUGCAAGGCUAUACAAAGGGCAUCCUUCCCUAACGAAUACGGAGCACUGAGUAAGGGGAAGUCUAUCAGUGCAUCUAGCAAAAUACUUUCAUUGUCUCCUUACAUGGACGACACAGGAUUAAUUCGCGUAGGGGGCAGAUUAAAGAAUUCCAGAUUACAAUUCGAUGCUCAGCACCCCAUUUUGUUACCCCGUGAACAUGAACUAACAAAGCGGGUAAUAAACUACGAACAUGUGCGUAACUUGCACGCUGGAACACAGGCAACCAUGGCUGCCGUAAGACAACGGUUUUGGCCUCUUUCUCUCAGGUCGUGUACGCGCAAAAUUCUUCGGAAUUGUGUAACUUGUUUCAAAGCCAAGCCAGUUCAGUCGGAAGCGAUAAUGGGCUCUUUACCGGCCAAUCGCGUCACCGAAUCGAGGCCAUUCUCGCAUUGUGGCGUGGACUACGCUGGUCCAGUCGUACUAAAGGAAGGCAGGCGGCGAAACGCACGUAAUACUAAAGCAUAUAUUUCCGUGUUUGUAUGCUUCUCGACAAAAGCAGUUCACCUCGAACUAAUGAGCGAUCUCACUUCAAAUGCAUUUAUCAGCGCGCUCCGGCGUUUCAUUUCGCGAAGAGGUAGGCCGGCAUGUUUAUACUCGGACAACGGAACUGUCUUUGUGGGAGCUCACAAUCAACUUAAGGAAAUUCAGGAUUUCCUUAAAACACAACAAGCUCAAGCCGACAUAGGGCAAUUUCUCUGCAAGCAAGAGAUCACGUGGAAGUUCAUACCUCCCAACGCGCCUCACUUUGGGGGCUUAUGGGAGGGCGCAGUAAAGUCAGCCAAGUAUCACAUGGCGCGAAUAGUAGGUAAGGCUCAUUUAAAUUUCGAAGAAAUGCAAACGGUGCUUGCUGACAUUGAGGCAGUCCUGAAUUCGCGUCCGCUUACGCAACUUAGCAACGAUCCGAACGACUUAAGUUACCUUAGUCCGGGACACUUUCUGGUUGGAACAGCAUUAAACAGUCUCCCUUGCCGCGAUUUAUGCGACAUCAAUGAAAAUCGUCUAACGCGUUGGCAAAGAGUUGACCAACUCAGACAACACUUCUGGAGGAGGUGGAGCUCCGAGUACCUCCAGUCGCUCCAGGAACGCUCAAAAUGGAAAAUUAGCAAAGGCGUGCAGCUACAACCCGGACAGCUAACGCUCAUACGGCAACCAGGCCUGGCUCCCAUGCAGUGGCUGCUAGGUCGGGUUCAAGAGACUCAUCCCGGCUCCGAUGGUGUUGUGCGAACAGCCACGGUCCGGACCGGCAAGGGUACAUUUGUGAGACCUUUGUCCAAAUUAGCGAUACUACCUGUAGAUUCAUAA